GCCCCGCCCCUAGGCGGUUGCUCGCGGCAGCCGCCGCCCUCCCCCGGCCCAAUGGCGCGGCUGCCGCGUCAGUGAUGUGAAGCAGUAUUCAGGCUUGUCCGGCCCCCGGCCCGCAGCCCAUUACACCAUCCGCCGCGGCAGCUGCUGCAGCCGCUGCAGCCGCUGCAGCCGGAGCAAACUCAGAGGGCGGGAGGCAGCUCGGCGUGGCGGGGCGGGGCGAGCGGCGCGGCCGAAUUCAUUCCUGUGGGGCGCGGGGCAUGGAGGAGCUGUGCGGCCGCAGGCGGAGCAAGGCGGCCCGGGCCACGGCGGGCACAACGGUUUCCAUCUGAAGGGGGCGGCCCGAGCCCGAGCGGCCAGCGGCGGCGGAAGGACUUUCCUCCGGGCAGUUUGGUGCCCUGGUUGUCAGAUGUUGGAAGGAAGUAGGACAGAACAUACUCUCCGUGGUUUUAUAUCCGUUCUGAGGUGCAGUGAUUAACAUUGCACUUUGGUUCCCGUAAGUCCUGCCUGCGCCGGUAGAGUUAAGCUGGAGCUCUGCUUUGAAGGAUAAAUAAAGCACAGCCUCUCAGUUGGACAUAAAUGGAUCUAAAGACAGCAGUAUUUAACGCAGCUCGGGAUGGCAAACUCCGGCUUCUCACCAAGUUGUUGGCAAGCAAAUCCAAAGAGGAAGUUUCCUCCUUGAUCUCUGAAAAAACAAAUGGGGCCACUCCACUCUUGAUGGCUGCCAGGUAUGGGCACCUUGACAUGGUGGAAUUCCUCCUAGAACAGUGCAGUGCCUCCAUAGAAGUCGGGGGUUCAGUCAAUUUUGAUGGUGAAACCAUUGAGGGGGCUCCCCCUUUGUGGGCUGCUUCUGCAGCAGGACAUCUGAAGGUGGUCCAGUCUUUGUUAAAUCAUGGAGCAUCUGUUAAUAAUACAACUUUAACCAAUUCAACUCCUCUUCGAGCUGCAUGUUUUGAUGGCCAUUUGGAAAUAGUGAAGUACCUUGUAGAACACAAAGCUGAUUUGGAAGUGUCAAAUCGACAUGGGCAUACGUGCUUGAUGAUUUCAUGUUACAAAGGACAUAAAGAAAUUGCUCAGUAUUUACUUGAAAAGGGGGCAGAUGUUAAUAGAAAAAGUGUUAAAGGUAAUACUGCAUUACAUGAUUGUGCAGAAUCUGGAAGUUUGGACAUCAUGAAGAUGCUUCUUAUGUAUUGUGCCAAGAUGGAAAAGGAUGGUUAUGGAAUGACUCCCCUUCUCUCAGCAAGUGUGACUGGUCACACGAAUAUUGUGGAUUUUCUGACACACCAUGCACAGACCAGCAAGACGGAACGUAUCAAUGCUCUAGAGCUUCUGGGAGCUACAUUUGUAGACAAAAAAAGAGAUCUCCUUGGGGCUUUGAAAUACUGGAAAAAGGCAAUGAACAUGAGGUACAGUGACAGGACUAAUAUAAUUAGUAAACCAGUACCGCAGACACUAAUAAUGGCUUAUGAUUAUGCCAAGGAGGUAAACAGUGCAGAAGAGCUAGAAGGUCUCAUUGCCGAUCCUGAUGAGAUGAGAAUGCAGGCACUAUUAAUUAGAGAGCGUAUUCUUGGUCCUUCUCAUCCUGAUACCUCUUACUAUAUUAGAUAUAGGGGCGCUGUCUAUGCAGACUCUGGCAAUUUCAAACGAUGCAUCAACCUAUGGAAGUAUGCUUUGGAUAUGCAGCAAAAUAAUUUGGACCCGUUAAGCCCAAUGACUGCCAGCAGCUUAUUAUCUUUUGCAGAACUGUUCUCUUUUAUGCUACAGGAUAGGGCUAAAGGCCUGCUGGGUACUACUGUUACAUUUGAUGAUCUUAUGGGCAUACUGUGCAAAAGCGUCCUUGAAAUAGAACGAGCUAUUAAACAAACUCAGUGUCCAGCUGACCCAUUACAGUUAAAUAAGGCCCUUUCCAUCAUCUUGCACUUAAUUUGCUUGUUAGAAAAAGUUCCUUGUACUCUAGAACAGGACCAUUUCAAAAAGCAGACUAUAUACAGAUUUCUUAAGCUGCAUCCGAGGGGAAAGAAUAACUUCAGCCCUCUUCAUCUGGCUGUGGACAAGAAUACUACAUGUGUAGGGCGGUACCCUGUUUGUAAAUUUCCAUCUCUGCAAGUUACUGCGAUACUGAUAGAAUGUGGUGCUGAUGUGAACGUCAGAGACUCCGAUGACAACAGUCCCCUACAUAUCGCUGCUCUGAACAACCAUCCAGAUAUCAUGAAUCUCCUUAUUAAAUCAGGUGCACAUUUUGAUGCCACAAACUUGCACAAACAAACUGCUAGUGACUUGCUGGACGAGAAGGAAAUAGCUAAAAAUUUGAUCCAGCCCAUAAAUCAUACUACAUUGCAGUGUCUUGCUGCUCGUGUCAUAGUGAAUCAUAGAAUAUAUUAUAAAGGGCAUAUCCCAGAAAAGCUAGAGACCUUUGUUUCACUUCAUAGAUGAUAAUUUGACUGUAUUUUAGCACUGUUAAAAGCACGAAUUGGUAACAGUUGUUUCAUAAACGAGCACUGUUGUGAUAACACCAGCAUUCAUUUAGCUUGAUAUCAUCGUGCUCUCAUUGGCUAAACCAUUAUAAGCAUCAAAUUCACAAGUUUGGUUUCCCAGUAUUUAAUAUAAAUAUACCAUAUAAUAUAUUGUUUGUGAAUUAUUGAAAAACGUAAUGUCAUAUUCAAAUUUCUAAAAUUGUCUGCCAAAGGCUUAUUCAUUCUGGUUUUGUUUGCUGUUGGGUGUUUGGAACAGAGUUAACCAUAUUUCGGUGGUGUCUUUAUACUUUACUGGUUUGUGAAUUUUAUAUAAUUGAAGGUCGUUUUUUCCUGCUUCUUCCUUCCCUUCUUCAAGUUUCUCCCCAGUUUCCAUUUUAUUUUUUUUCCUAACCAUUUCUAUUAUAAUUUUUUCCCCUUAUGGACCCAUGCUAGGUUGUACAAACUUUAUGGACUUAUUACCAUUUGCAGUUACCAUAAGUGCUUUAUCUUCUCUAUGCACCGGCUUAAACUUGACUGUUGUAUGUUAGCAUAUUUUCUAUGCAGCAGUUGGUCGACUUCAACUCAAAACACUGUUUUCUUAAGUUUGUUACAAAGUUCAUUUUAUGGAAGUACUCUUAUAGCAUGACAAUUUUUAGAGCUAUAAAUUAGCUAUCUUAGCUCAAGCUUUUUGGUUUGUUUUUUUUCUACAUCUGAGGUUUCUUUUCUCUAAUCCACUGAAAUUAUUGUGUGCUAAAUUUGGGAAACAAAUCUAUUCUAACUCAUUAACCCAGUUGAAAUUUAGGUCUGUCAUCUUAAUAUAUCAUGCAGUAAAAGGAAGAAUCUUUCUAAAGUGACCCACCUUUCAUGCUGCUCCAGCGUUGUCCUGCUUGUGCUGAUGGUGUGACUAGGUGUAGAGAAUUUGCUUAAAUUUAACCUCAAAGUUUAUCACACAGCUUAACAAGUCACAUUGAAAUAUUCAGUAAUUGAACUGCAAAUCACUUUUAGUUACAAAAAGAGCUAAAGCAUGUCAGUGGCAUGAUGCUUGCCAAGCUAGAUCUAGGCAUCUAGGAUAAUUAAGGUAUUUUAGUAUGCAAUUUACUGCCAUAGUAUUAAAGGUCAGUAACAGUGUUCUUUCUUUCUUCAAGUUUAUGUAUACCUUUAAAAAUAACUUGCAUGAAUUACUUUGGUCUCAAUUAUUUGUUACCCUAGUUUAAACACAAAAGGUUGCAGUGCUUUCUGUUCCCUUACUGAAAAUUAGCUUUUCUUUUUUCUCUUCUCUUCUCUCCUCUCUUCUCCUCUCUUCUCUUCUCUCUUCUUCUUUUCUCUUCUCUUCUCUGAUUUGCUAAUGCCACAGAAAGGGCUCUUUUAACUUAAGAAAAGAUAAAUGAAAAGUACUUUCUAAAAAAGAUUCAGGUAAUUAUCAUUCAGCACUUUAUUGUAAUUCAGAAUAAAAUUUAUGAUGGCAUAUUUGCCCUGCAAAUGUCUUAAUGAAAUUGUUCUGAAUAAAAAGCUCCUUAUUGAUUUGAGAAAAACUCAGUUUACCUGUGAGUUUAAUGAACUGAAUCACUCACUUGGAUUUUUGUGUUGACAUUUUAUUCUGAGGGUUGAUGUUAUGCUAUUUAAGUAGUCAUUGCAAACAGUCGCAUUAGGUUUAUCAUCAUCUUUAGUCCGGAAAAAAGUUGUAAUGAGUAGUAAAUAAAAAGAACAUUCGAUUUUUAGGUUAAAUAAUUGAGGUUUAAUUUUUAAAAAGAUAUUCUUACUCAUUUUUACUAUGUUGUAAAUUUAAUGUUACCAUUGAAAAAGGUGGAUUCAAUAUAAAUGGGCACCCUCCAACAUUUUGAUGAAGAAGUUUUAGUUUUUCUUAUUUACUGUGGGCAAAUUUGAUGAAAUAUUUGAACUGCCACAUAUAUUAAGAUACUUUGUGAUGUAUAGACUGAUAUUCUAGAAAUAUCAAAACAUCAAUAUUUUGAAAUCAUCUGCCUCUAACAUUGUGGUAUAAAAUUAUAUAUGCAUGAGCUAUUUUUUUUAAAAGGAAAACUUUGCCAGUAUAGUAAAUCUACAUUAGUUGAUCUCAGUAAUUUUGAGAUAAAAGAUGACAAUUGGAUUUUUAAGUGAUUUAAUAUUUUCCCCUCAUUUUGAGGGGCUGGGUGGGAGGGCUUACAUGCUCUUAGAGUAAGGCAUAUCUCACACUGUUUUACAGGUGAACUUCGGUUGUGCAACUCCAGUAUAAAAUAAGGAUUUCUUUAAAUACCAUUUUUCCAUGACUAAAAAGAGAUAACUUAGAAGUCAGUCUUGAUAACUAAUAUGCCUUAUUUCAAUUAGGAAACAAUUCUUUCUUCUCUAUAUGCCAUCUCCACAAAUGCCAGUGGCUCGGAGCUCUUAAAAAAAAUCAGUUUAAUAUUUAAUAGCUCAAAAUUGUUCUUAAUUUUAUUUUAGGGGAAUUUGGUUCAUAAAUAUGACCUCAGACACUUAACAGGCCUUCAUCAGUAAGUAUUCUAAAAAUUGUUGUGAGACUGAAUAAAAUACUUAAAUUUGUGUUACUUUUUAACUACAGAUGAGUACACUUAAUACUUAACGAGGUAGUUAUACUCAUGUGAGUCAAACUAAACUAUACAUUGUAGCUUGGUGGUGUUGACUGGAGUUAAUGUGUAAGUUUUGAUUACAUUUCUACAAAAAUGCCCUACUGGGGCCUGCUGAAUUUUAGAUGUUCCACUAUUUUGAUCAUUUCUGUAAAAGAAAUGGUCAUCAGACUCAGAUUAGAUACCAGUCUGCUUUAUGAAGAAAAAUAGAUUAUAGAUUAAAAAGUAGUCAUUUUUCUUAUUUGUAAAUCUGACAGACAUAUGCCCCAAUCAACAAAGAUAAUUUGGUGCCCUUUAUGAGUUUGAAGUUAAGUGAUUGCUCACUUAAGGUCACUUAAGGUAAAGUGACUACCUUAAAGUGUAAUAUUUUAGAGACCCCAUCUACUGUGACUUGGGAAAAUGCAUUAGGUUAUAUUUGGAAAAGUAGCUCUUUGUAAGUCCUAUGGCCCAGCAGAAACCUUAGCUGAAUUUACAAGUAUAUAAUUCUUGUAAUUAAUUUUCUUAGAAUUAUGGGGACUGAAUAAGAUAACAACAUAUUCUUGUACACUAUAACGGCAGCAUUAUUGCUUGGAACUUUAACCAUUUUAGGGUUAAAUACUAAGGAAACAAACUAAUUGGUCAUCAUUGUUUUCUUUUUUUCUUUUUUCCUUUUUUACCCUCAUGUAUCACUAAACAGCUAGUUUCUCUCCCUUUUGUCUGUUCUCAUUGUGUAUUCUUCAAAAGAAGUACUGUAUUCAGAUGCCAGCCAAGAAAUUGUCACACAAUGGAAAAUGAUAUGCCACAACAUUCAUUGUAAGGUUUAAUAAAAUUAAAUUUGCACCAAA